AUAUAAGAGCUUUGGUGUUUUGCACGCCCGAUAUGGAAGUAUUUGACUUGUCUUCAGAGUGGAGUGAGACCUCUUCACCAUCCUCUCAGACUCCGAGGCGCUGUUGCCAACCGCGCUGUCAAUCGAGCGCUACCCCGCCCCGCGAUUGGCUGCCUCGCUCCCUCGGUCCCGCCCCCUUGACUUGAAACGGCACCGUGGGAAAGGCGAGCCCGUCAAAGCCGAACGAACUUUACCGACGCUCACAGCAUCCAAGCGAGGAAGGAGUUGUUUGUCAGCAGCGUGGACAUGAAGAGGAACCACGACUUUAGCUCCUCGGACAGCGAGCUGGACGACGCCGUCGAAAUGGAGAAGGAGAGCGCGGACGAGAAUGGGAAUAUUCGCACGCCGCUUGGCUCCGUGUCUCCCACGACGUCCACUCAGGUGCAGGCGAGGAAGAGGCGACGAGGAAUCAUCGAGAAACGCCGCCGUGACAGAAUCAACAACAGCCUGAGUGAACUCCGUCGGCUGGUGCCGAGUGCCUUCGAGAAGCAGGGUUCUGCCAAGUUGGAGAAAGCAGAGAUUUUGCAGAUGACCGUGGACCACCUGAAGAUGCUCCACGCCGCUGGAGGCAAAGGGUUCUUUGACGCCCACGCCUUGGCCAUGGACUACCGCGGUUUGGGUUUCAGGGAGUGCCUGGCAGAGACGGCCCGCUAUCUCAGCAUCAUCGAGGGUCUGGACAACGCCGACCCCCUCAGGAUCCGCCUGGUGUCGCACCUCAACAGCUACGCCAACCAGCGCGAGGCGGGCCUCAACCACCUCGCCUGGGGUUCCGCCUUCGGGUCGCCGCCCGCCCACCUGACCCACCCGCUCCUCCUGCACCAACAGGCCGCCCCCCUGGCCCCGCCUCGGAGCGUCACCAGCAGCCCUCUGUCGUCUUCGUCCUCUUCCUCCUCGUCCCCCGCAGACUCUCACCCGGCAGGUCGGCGCAGCAGGAGCACCACCCCUCACUCAGACCAAGCGCCGGUGCGCGCCCCGCCCGCAGGCACCACCCCCGCCCCCGUCCUCCACCCAGCCAAGCUCUCGUCUCCCCUCCUCUCAUCUAUCUCGGCUUUCCCGUUCCCGUUCGGCGCCUUCCCGCUCAUCUCCCCCAUCGCCACUGCCGCCCUCAGCCCACCGGCUCCGACACCGCCCACGGUGGGCAAACCCUACAGACCCUGGGGGAUGGAGAUCGGAGCUUUUUGACUGGCACACACACAAUCCAUGUAUAGACUCACAAAGCCCGGCUGAGCUGGACUUUUUUGUUUAAAAAAACAAAAACAAAAAAAAAACUAUUUUUUGUAUUUUCUGUGGGGGUUUUUGAAGCGGGAGCCCCGCCCUUAAAGAUGACUGAUUUACCCUCUCGAUUGAUGUCCACCUACCCCCACUUUUCUUCUUUUAAAGAAGUUUCUCCGGCUGUUGUCAGCCUAUCAGGAAUGACUUUUCCAGAUGGUCAAGCGGUCGUCUGUCAAGUUCUCAAACAGGCUAACACCCCCCCCCCCAGUCCACCAUCCCACCCUUUUGUUUUCCCUUUAAGAGUUUGUGUGCCCCCACGCUUGCAGUGAGAGGAGCGCUUCUUUUGACAGCAGUUUAUGGGCUGGAAUAAACACAAACCAGGUGUUUGUUUCAGCCGACGCCACACAAAAACAAGCCGUAAAGAUACAAACUAUUUUGUAUAUUUUAGCAUCAUGUCUUGUUGCCGGUGCUUCAUGACAUCCUUCCUCAAUAAACAAUCUA